AUGGGAUCCGGCGGCGACCAAGAAUCCGGCGGAGUCGCGACGACGACGACGACAAAAUCCAAGCUACGCUACAACUCGCCUCUCGUCCAAGUGGUCCUCAUCGGACUGGUCUGCUUCUGCUGCCCCGGAAUGUUCAACGCCCUCUCCGGCAUGGGCGCCGGCGGCCAGGUCGACCCCACCGCCGCUAACAACGCCAACACCGCGCUCUACACCACCUUCGCCGUCUUCGGCGUCCUCGGCGGCGGAUUCUACAACAUCCUCGGCCCGCGCCUAACCCUCGCCGCCGGCUGCAGCACCUACAUCCUCUACGCCGGAUCUUUCCUCUACUACAACCACCACCAGCACCAGGCCUUCGCCAUCGUCGCCGGCGCCAUCCUCGGGAUCGGCGCCGGGUUCCUCUGGGCAGGGCAGGGCGCAAUCAUGACGUCAUACCCACCGCCGAAUCGGAAGGGGACCUACAUCGCUCUGUUCUGGAGCAUCUUCAACACCGGCGGAGUCAUCGGCGGGUUGAUCCCUUUCGCCCUCAAUUACCACCGUGAAGCCCCUUCCGUCAACGACGCCACCUACAUCGGAUUCAUGAUUUUCAUGUCCGCCGGAACAAUCCUCUCCUUAGCCAUCCUCCCGCCGAGCAGAGUGAUCCGCGAGGACGGCAGCCAGUGUACCAAAAUCAAAUACUCCAAACCCUCAACGGAAGCAAUCGAGAUUCUCAAACUCUUCGGGAACUGGAAGAUGCUUUUAAUCGCGCCGGCGGCCUGGGCGUCCAAUUUCUUCUACACCUACCAGUUCAACAACGUGAACGCGGCCAAAUUCAACGUCAGGACGCGCGGAUUGAACAAUGUGUUCUACUGGGGAGCGCAGAUGGUGGGCGCGUUUGCAAUCGGGCAGGUGCUGGAUUUCAGCUGCAAGAGCAGGAGAAACAGGGGAUUUCUAGGGAUUGCGAUUGUAGGGGUAAUGGGGACCGCGAUUUGGGGCGGCGGACUGGCCGAUCAAUUGGGUUACUCGUUCGAUAAAAUGCCGGCGAAGCUCGAUUUCAAGGAGUCCGGGGGGAAAUUCGCGGGGCCGUUCGUUUUGUACUUUGGGUAUGGGCUUCUGGACGCGGUUUUCCAGAGCCUGGUGUAUUGGGUGAUCGGAGCUCUGGCCGACGAUUCGGAGGUUCUGAGCCGGUACGUUGGGUUCUACAAAGGGAUACAGAGCGCCGGAGCUGCGGUGGCGUGGCAGCUUGAUACGAAGAAGGUUCCGAUGCUGACCCAGUUGAUUGUGAGCUGGGUUCUUACUACGAUAAGUUACCCGUUGCUGAUUGUUCUUGUGGCGUUGGCUGUUACCGAUGAGGUGAAGCCCGAGGAAGACAAAAAUGGGGAAGCUUUGGAUCGGAAGAGUUACGCUGAUGAGAGUGACAACAGCAAGCCAAUUUAA